AUGAUUGACUUUGCCCUCUGCAGCUUUCGCAAGGACUAUGCAGACGACACUGACUGGAGUGAGUGGAAGGCAAUGCAGGACGAAGAGGGGGCAAUUGGGCUUAUCAUGCAAGACCGCUUAGAGGGUGGAUUUAUCUACAGUCGAUCUAACCGAUACAAGAAGCCCGCUCAUUAUUACGAAUGA